GGUCAACACCGGUGCACACACUCUCUGCACACACACGCUACGAGCACCCGCUACGAGCACCCGCCAAACAUACACACACAAGUAGACACAUGACAGGCCUGCUAGGUUACCAGUAUAGCUAGUGUUGCUGGCAUAUCGUAGUUGUAAUCAUGUUUGUAGCGCGUAGUAUCGCAGCAGAUCAUAAAGAUCUAAUCCACGAUGUGUCGUAUGAUUUUCACGGCCGGAGAAUGGCAACUUGCUCCAGUGAUCAAAGUGUCAAGGUUUGGGACAAAAGUGAGAAUGGAGAGUGGCACUGCACAGCCAGCUGGAAGACACACAGUGGAUCAGUGUGGAGAGUGACCUGGGCUCAUCCAGAAUUCGGGCAGGUUCUGGCCUCCUGCUCCUUCGACAGGACCGCCGCUGUCUGGGAAGAGAUUGUCGGGGAGUCCAAUGACAAGCAGAGAGGACUGAGCCACUGGAUAAAGAGAACCACACUAGUGGACAGUAGAACCUCAGUGACUGAUGUGAAGUUUGCCCCUAAACACAUGGGCCUGAUGUUGACCACCUGCUCUGCGGAUGGAGUGGUGAGGAUCUACGAGGCUCCUGAUGUGAUGAACCUGAGUCAGUGGUCCCUGCAGCACGAGAUCUCCUGCAAGCUCAGCUGCAGCUGCAUCUCUUGGAACCCCUCAAGCUCUCGUGCCCACCCGCCAAUGUUUGCAGUGGGGAGUGACGACAGUAACGUAACGUACGGUGGGAAAGUUCAGAUCUAUGAAUAUAAUGAAAACACAAGGAAAUAUGCUAAAGCAGAGACGCUGAUGACCGUCACUGAUGCAGUCCAUGACAUUGCAUUUGCGCCAAACCUGGGAAGAUCUUUCCACGUGCUCGCCAUUGCAACAAAAGAUGUCAGAAUCUUCAAGCUCGUUCCUAUGAGGAAGGAGAGCACCUCUACAGGACCCACCAAGUUUGAGGUGCAGAUUGUGGCUCAGUUUGACAACCAUAACUCCCAGGUGUGGCGUGUGAGCUGGAACAUCACCAGCACCCUGCUGGCCUCUUCCGGGGAUGACGGCUGUGUUCGCCUCUGGAAAGCUAACUACAUGGACAACUGGAAGUGCACAGGCAUCCUGAAGGGAGACGGCAGCCCACUCACUGGCUCGUCUGGUCAGCCCACAGCCAUGAGCACCGUGGUGGGCUCCUCUGUUCAGACCUCCCAGAAUGCCCUGAACGGGAUGUCCGCAGGAAGGAUUGGCAAGAGAGCUUCCUUUGCCCCUCCCCUGCGGCAGCUGACCUCUCCAAAGAUAUACCAGCAUCCUGCAUAUUACUAAUGUCUCCUCUGCAUCAGCUACCAUUUGCCCUCGUGUUUGAAAUGUGUGUGAGUCAUGUCCUCGCUGAAUACUUGGGUAUUACUGGUUAAGGACUGCAUGGUUCUGUUCUUCACAGCUUCCACUUUGUUUUGAGUCCAACAUGUUUGCACGUUUUAAUGACAUUGCACAUACACCUUCUACUCUGUCUGCCAUUCUCCUCCCCUUUUUUUUGUUUCUAGAGCACACAUGCAUCCUUUCUCCUUUUAAUCUCUCAUUUCUACUUCCUUUUAUGUGUUUC